CGCGAAUUCGGAGAGUCAGAAUCUCCAACGAGCUAGACGAAGUAUAGGGUGGAUUGAGGAUCGAAAAUUGUUCGUCCUCUGCCAUAUAGCUUCCCUCACUGAAAUUAAAGGACACAGUCGCCCGCAAUGGCUUCUACGAUGUUGGCAAGAUCGUCGACGCGGUCAUUGGUGUCAACGCUACAGCUUCGAGUGACAGUUCCGAUAUCAAGCAGAUGUUACGCGACAGGUCAUUCAAUACCUCCACUAAACGACCAAUCCCUCCUGAAAUCGAAGGCAUUCAUCCACGGCGAAUGGGUAAAUGCUGAUUCAGGGAAGACGUUCGAAGUAAAGGACCCAUCGACCGGAAAACUCAUCACCCAUGUCGCGGAGCUCGACGUCGCCGAAACCCAGCGCGCAAUCCGCUCCGCCAACGACGCCCUCGCCUCAUUCCGCCGCACCACCGCCAAGGAACGCAGCCGCUUCCUCCGCAAAUGGUAUGACCUAACAGUCGCGCACACCGACGACCUCGCGAAGAUCAUCACCUGGGAAAACGGCAAGCCCCUCGCCGACGCCAGGGGCGAGGUGAACUACGCCGCCACCUUCAUCGAAUGGUUCGCCGAGCAAGCCACACGGAUCGACGGCGCCGUCCUCCCCGCCAGCAUCCCGGGCAAUCGCGUCCUCGUCACGAAGGAGCCCGUCGGCGUCUGCGGCCUCAUAACCCCGUGGAACUUCCCCGCCGCGAUGAUCACGCGGAAGCUCGCACCCGCUAUCGCCGCCGGGUGCACGACGGUGUCGAAGGCGCCGGGCGAGACGCCGCUGACGGCGCUGGCGUUGGCGGAGCUGGCGGCACGUGCGGGGUUGCCACCGGGCGUGAUGAACGUAGUGACGUCGCUGGCAAACACGCCGGCGGUGGGGGAGACGUUGGCGACGGAUCCGCUGGUGCGGAAGAUUAGCUUUACGGGGAGCACGAAUGUGGGGCGGCUGUUGAUGAAGCAGGCGAGUGGGACGAUAAAGAAAUGCAGCUUCGAGCUCGGGGGGAACGCGCCGUUUAUCGUGUUCGACGAUGCGGAUGUGGAUGCGGCGGUUACGGGGGCUAUCACCUCGAAGUUCCGCUCGAGCGGCCAGACAUGCGUGUGCGCGAAUCGGUUGUAUAUCCAAGAGGGGAUCUAUGAGGAGUUCGCGACGAAGUUCGCCGAGAAGGUGAAGGGAUUCAAGAUUGGCGGUGGCUACGGUGAAGGCGUUACCCAUGGGCCCCUCAUCCACGAUCGCGCCGUCAGCAAGGCAGAAAGCCAUGUCCAGGAUGCCCUAUCCCAAGGCGCGACAGUCAUGAUCGGUGGCCAGAAGCUCCCCGAUCUCGGCUCCAAUUUCUUCCAGCCCACAGUCUUGCGCGAUAUGAAGCCCGACAUGCUUCUUGCGCACGAAGAGACAUUCGGCCCCGUGGCAGGAUUGUUUCCGUUCAAGACCGAGGCGGAGGUCGUCACGCUGGCAAAUAACACCGAGGUGGGGUUGGCGGGAUAUUUCUUUUCGAAGGACGUUCAGAGGAUAUGGAGGGUGGCCGAGGCGUUGGAGGUGGGCAUGAUCGGGGUGAACACGGGGUUGAUCAGCGAUGCCGCUUCGCCGUUUGGUGGGAUUAAGCAGAGCGGGUUCGGGAGAGAAGGAAGUAUUUAUGGCAUUGACGAAUACCUCGUGAUGAAGAGCAUAACCCUGGGAGGAAUGGGGGGUGACUUGCAGAACUAAAUGUCUUAAUUUAGAUGGGAUAGACGGGUUUUGAUCAUAGAGUGACCUCUAUAGGUCGUGCAUCAUACGUGUAUCAUAGGCCCAGGGAGGAAUUUCAUGAAGGAUGCAAUAAGG